AUAAUGUCAUUCAUGGGCAUUCAUCGUACCCUCCGCUAAGCUAUUCACUAUGAAUCAUUAUUACAGCGAACCUUUGUUCAGCGCAAAGGUAAGUGUACUCUUCGGGAAAUAGCAGCAAAUGUUGUAAUAUGCAUAUAUUAUUCUCGUUUCUGUUUAUUAAUGGCGAUCAUAUAUUAAAGUUGGACACUUCUGAAAUAUACAUAUUACUAAGAGAUAAAUGGAUUCGCAAAAUGGAUCUCAGAAAUAUACAUAUCUGGUUCCCGAAAAGAGAGAAUUAAUUAGCAAUGUAAAAUUCGUGUUUGUCAAUUUUUUUCCAUUAACGAUCUUAUUUACAUAUAAUGGUAAUUCAUUUAUAUUAGUUGCGAGCAUCCAUGGAUUUUGCGAUAUCGAUCUCAGGAAGCAAUUAAACCCACUGGUCCGAAUCCUUCGAGAAAAGUAUAUACUUUGCUUCUUCGAGUCCACCUUUGUUACGCUUUACGAGUUGGAGGUCAUUGCAAUUUUCUACAAUGAUGAUUGUCAUUACUAUAUAUACAUCCGCUUCGAGUACUUAUCCCUUCCUUAAAACAUGCACAGUGACAGAAGAAUUUUAUGAAAAACCAGUAUCCCCCGUGUAUUGUCAAACGAACGAUGAAAAUGCAAACGAGAAUAUUUCUCGCCGGUUAUUUCGCUAUCACGAUAUUUAACCAUUUCAGUACGGGUGUUGAAGUUUCGUCGAAGAUUAAUUUCGAUUCUAACGAAAAUGAAGAGACAACAGAAUUAGUCCAUCCGACCUUCGGCACGACCAUAAAUCUAAAGAAACCUGCUAGUUCACCGGAAUCAAUUUUACGUGCGCCCAGACCAUCGACGCUCAUCUGGCAUGGAAACGAGCUUGUAAAAGCAAGUGAACCAAGAAAAAGAAGGAUCUAUCUGUACCACAAUGAUUUAGCGAAACAACCAAAAAUAAUCAAUAAUAUUCAAGUCGUUGUGAACGGCAACGAUAGCAUACCAAAUGGAGACACCUGCGAACAUGGUAUAUGUAACGUAUCUGUUUCUUCGAAACCGGACGAAAAGGGAAAUAUCAUCACCGAGGUGCAUCUCAGUAUUAUCACGAGAGCAAAACCAAAAGUUAAAGUCGACGACGUCCCGAUAAUCAAUGGUUUUCGAGGUGUCAAUGAGGAUUAUGAUAAGCGACCAAGUCUCCAUUCAAUAAGUUCGCCACGAUCAAUGCAUUAUACACAUCUACAACGCGACAAUAUUCCACAGAUUCAAACUAAUUAUCAAGGGUACGGCGAGCCUUGGUAUGGGCGGACUUUUCAACGGCCGCAAAUGUAUUGGAAUUAUCAUCUUGGAGAUCGUGGUAACGUGGGAUUUCAGGAUCAUAGAACAUGGCCGCGAGAUAAACCUACAGUAGACGACAAGAUUGAACCGCCGCUUAGUAAGACCAAGCCCAGCGACAAUACCAAAGAAUAAAAUAGUUUGAAUUGUAAGGCUUCAAUGUAAAUAUAUUAUUAUAUAGAAUGAUAGUGGAUUAUAUCACAUAUUAUUAAGAACAAUUUGUCUCUGAAUAAAAUUAAAACAUCAUAAAAGCGUCAAGAGUUUAAUUUAUGCAUAAUAGAUACAAUGAAUAUAUGAUAACAUAAAUAUAUUUAAACAAGUAAUUAAAUGCAGAAUAGUUGUACAUUUAUUCGAUAUUACUCGAGUAGAACAUAACACUAGUACAAGAAAGUUUAUUAAGAUUUUUAAAUUGGCAUCGCAAGCAAUUCUUGCUCGCGAACAGGUAGAAAAA